AUGCCGGCUCCAGCUAUGAAGUGGGUGGCCAAGAAGACCGAAGAAGAAGACGAGCCCGUCAAAGGCAAGGAGAAAAAGGAAAGAAAGGAGGGGAAGGAGGGAAAAGAUGGCGGAGCGAAGGGAGCUGCAGCCACAAAGUGGAUGGCCAAGAAGGCGGAGGAGGAGCCCAAGGGAAAGGGCGACCGGAAGGGCGAGGGCAAGCGGAAGGGAGGCAAGGCAGCAAGAGCCGAAGAGGAGGACUGGAGCUGGACGUGGACAGCCGACAGCUACUCCGACUGGUGGAGCUGGAACGACUGGGGCUGGGAGACGAAGCCCAGCAAGGGUCAAGGAGAGACAAAGGAGUCCAAGGGAAAGGACAAGGGCAAGUCCAAGGACUCCGCAAAGAAGGGCAAAGGCGACUUCAAAGACAAGGACGAUGGUGAAGAGAAGGGCAAGGGCAAGGGCAAAGGCAAGUCCGAGGAGAAGGGCAAGAAGGGAGGCAAAGGCUUCGCCAAAGGGGGCGAAAGCAAAGGUGCAGCCGGCGAGACCAGGCACGAGGCGAGCCCGAAGACCGUCGCGGAGGUGGAGGCCGAGAUGGCCAAGGGCGGCAAGGGCAAGGUCGAGCGCGUGAAGCGCAGUGCCGACGCUGGUGGGAGGCAGCCCAUCGAAACAAAGGGCGAGAUCUGCCAGGUGCACAAGCACAGCAGCAUGGGCUGUGCUGUGGUGUCGAUGCAAUCGGCGGCCAUGAGGGAGGCCAUCAUGAACUUCGCUGAGCAGAGGUUUGGCCGGAAUGCCAACGGCCGUGUGCAAAUGGACAUCGGCGACGUGAAGGUGCAGCUGAAGCGGCACACUGACAAGCAGACCAAGCGAGAGGUCGUUACCGACAUCUUCGUUGCUUGGGGGCACCAGCAGGAGAAGGACUCCCCGCUCACGGUGGAGGACAUUGCGGAGCGGUUUGACCAGCUGUACCAAGAGGCUCUGAAGUCUCCUCCGGCGGAGGCGCAUGUCCCGGCCCAGGUGCCUGCUGCACCGUCUGCCCCACUGACGGCCCAACUGGGAGGGCACCAGGCGCACCACUUGCUCGGUCCCGGCAUGCGGGUGCCUCCACCGCCGCCUCAGUUCCCGGGCAUGCCGCAGGCACCGCCCCAUCCGCACGCUGUUCCACAGGCACCGCCGCAUGCGCAUCCACCGGGCAACCCGUACUACAAUGCCAUGGCCAAUAUGAUGAAUCCUGCGAUGAACCCGUACCUCCAUCAGCAGUUCAUGGCGCAACAGGCGGCAUAUGCUGCGUACCAGCAGCAGCUGCAGGCUGCGCAGCACCAGCAGCUGAUGCACAUGUACGGCGAUCCGAAGGGCGGGAAGUUCGGAAAGGGGAAGGCUGCAGGCAAGGGCAAGGGCAAGGAGCCCGCCGAUGGCGGGAUACCUCCCUACGCCGCUGCACCGACGGCCCCGACGGCCCCGACCGCACCACCUGCUACACCGGCCGCGCCCGAGGAGGCAGCGCCGGAAGCUGCGGCAGCUCCGGAAGCAGCCGUGCCUGCACCCGGCGCGGCCCCUGCAACCCCGGGCGCCGCCCCGGGCACCCCGGGCGCCGCCCCAGCUGCUGAUCCAGCGGCCCCGGCGAGCGUGCCGGACUUUACACCGGCCAAGCCGCGACUUCUUCAGAUUGUGGACCCGACUAGUGGAAAGCCUAUCGACACGAUGGGCAUGAACUUCGUUCCGCGGAAGCCGUCGACACCGCUGCAGAUCACCAACCCCAACACUGGUGAGGUGCGAUGGAAGCAGCCGAAGCAGGAUUUCUGUCGGAAUCCCUACAAUGUGACCGGGCUGUGCAGCAAGGCGGCGUGUCCUUUGGCAAACAGCCAGUAUGCCACGAUUCUGGAGGAUGAGGGCGUGAACUACCUCUACAUGAAAACGGUGGAGAGAGCCCACUCGCCCAAGAAUUUGUGGGAGAGGGUCAAGCUUUCGAGGUACGGCAUGACGAGCAUUGACAAGGACAGCUUCUCGCUGAGCGCCCUUGGCCACCAAGCGCAGAGCCAGCGCUCGUCUGCUCCACAUCAUUCCAUCUCGUGUGUCAGCCGAGAUGCGCGGCAGAAUGUGUUCAUCACGGAGCACCACAUCAAGCCCAACCGCUUGGGGCGAGAAAGUCCCAAAGUGGACACGGUGAACUUGCCGUCCACUUUAGACACAAAUCUGGCGACGACCACUGGCCUGGGAUAUGGUGGGAGAUCGGAUUUUACUGCUCAGAAGGUGGAUCCAGAAAGCAUCCCCACAAAUGAUGCCAUGAACCUCCUUCCGGACGGUCAGCAGUUCAAGUACAAGCGGGAGCCGAAGAUCGUGAUCGGCACUGAACCCCGCUUCAGCUUGAAGGAGUCCACCCUGCUGAAGACGCACAAGGCGGCCUUCUUCGGUAGGUCCUCUCCGGGACCUGCCGCGGUUGGCGACCAGUUUGGUCCAAAGUUUGAGGCCACGAAAGCGCGGAUGGCACCUGCGUUCCCAUUUGCUCACAAGACCAAGCUGGUCUGGCCUGGAGUUUACAACAACCCGCCCGAGGUUGGACCAGGCACCUUCGAGCGGAAGGAUUCAUCCAUAGGUCCUCAGCACCUGAGUCGGCGACGCAAUCAUUCCACCUACUCCUUCUCCAAGCAGCCGAAGUUUGGCCGAGAAGCUAAGCCGGAUGAUAUGAUCUCCAAGUACGAUGCAGCGCGCAGCUGCAUGGGCAAGCAAGUGCUGCACAAGAACCGGAGCGCGCCGAGCGUCGGUUUCAACCACGACACCCGCGACAUGCGAUCCAAGACCAAGCUGUGCAUCACGAAGCUGGACGAGGGUCCUCGUGCAAACUUCACGAAGAUGCACCUGCCGAUGCCGCGGCUACCGAUGGAGAAAACGACGCGUGCAGAGCAUUGGGGGGCAUCUGUGGAGGGGUUUCACGGCAAGAUGGUCACUGCGAGGAAUUACCUGCAGGCCUUGGAACAGAUCAACAAGCACCUGGAGUACUGGCCGGCGGGCAUCGUCAACCGCUGCAAGCAGCGGCUCACAAAGAUGCGACAGAUGCUGAUCCGGAUGCGCAAGCUGGCCCUGAAAGGCGGCAGCAAGCUGGUACCCAUCAAGAAGAAGACGGAGAGACGCGAAGCGACCCGUGAACUGAAGGCCGAGGCAGCUGCUAAAGUGGACUUGGCCAUAGAAAGGGAGCUCUUGGAGCGACUGAAGCAGGGCACCUACGGUGACGUCUACAACUUUCCCAAGAAGCAGUUCGACAGCAUCAUGGAGAAGGAUGGAGAAGUCGAGAAGGAGCUGCAGGAGGGUGCUGAAAGCGACAUGGAGUUUGUGGAGGAUUUUGGGGAAGACGAGGAGGAGGAGUGGGAGGACCUGGAUGACAAGGUAGAAGAGGUGGAGCUCGAGGAUGACUUGGGCAUGGCUGACAUGGAGGAUGUGGCUCUGCCGGCACGAAAGAAGAGGAGAGCCAAAGGCCCACGAGUGGAGCUGGAGUACGAGGAGGAGAUGGACGCAAGGUAG